CAACAGUGCAUGCAGUAGCCGCUGUCCUGUGUAGUGUUUUCUUCUCGUGAAACAACUGAACACCUUCUUUCCUAAUUCUAGAUCCACUUACGCACAGUAGCCUUUUUGCUGAAUCGGAUCGUUACAUGGUGCUUCUUUCUCGUGCCGCUGGGUAGGACGAUCAGAAGUCAAAUUUUGGAGGUGGGCGGCCAACAAACUUCACAUUAAUUUUGAUGUUGAGCCGCUGACGGAGCGAGAAGAUGCCAAAACCGUCCCUGCCACAUAUCAUAUCCACGCCCGCCUUGUCGGCCGAGCAGCGUGUUUGGAGACUCUACAGGAAUGCGUGUAGGACAGCGCUGGACCAUAGUCGGUAUCGCUCGCAGUGGCAGAAGGACAGAGUACAGAUUCGCGAGCGAUUUGAGGCCAACAAGGACUUGACGGACCCCGACAUGCUUGAGAAGCUAGUCGGGAUGGGGGAAGAAGAAGUCAGACUGAAGCAGCAUCCACUGAACACGCGUCACCCUAAAGCCCCGUACGGUACGAAAUGGCAACGGAACAUGCAGUUGCCACCACAGGCGCUGUGGCUAACGGCUGACGAGGAGGUGUGGUUCAAGGACACGCUCUUUUACACGCAGAAUCCACGCAAGCCGACGUUCUACCGACGAGUCCUGCGUUUUGUAGGCUUGAGUGGCUACUAAUCACUGAGUGGCUGUACGUGUGUGUGUGCGUGUGUGCACGCAUAGGCUGGGCUGGUGACCACCAGAAAUUGUCGAGAGAUUUUCAUCUCUCCGGAAGUUUACACUGUCUCGGAUUCUGAUGUCCACGUUCGACCUACGGGGCCUGUGCUGUUGUGAAGAAAUGCUGUACAUAUUUUUGCUUGCUAGUCUGAUAUGCUCUAUAUGCUAAGUUAUAUCACCCUGUUUUGGCUUGUUUUGUUUGGCUUAUCAAUUUUUGACCCGUUCACCGACCAUGCUGGUCUAAGCAUGGCAGUGUGAAGCUACCUGACGGUUGGAAACCCCAGCUGUUCUGUCACUGACUCGCAGUCACAUUAUGUUGCAUGAUUGCAAGCUAGUCUCUCUAACACAUAAUUAUAAAAUUAAUGGAAGUAGUUUUGGAAAGUUG